CAGUCCUGAAUCCCCCGUGUUAAGAACAUGUUGCUGAAGUAUUUGAUGAACUCCAAGACACAAGUUCUCAAAUAUGUUCUUGUCGGUGUAGCAUUCCUAGGGCUGCUCGGAUGGAACGCUGUCCUCCAGAGACGUUUGGCUAGACUGGGCGCAGAUGAAGGGGAAUCACGACCGCGACGUUCUGUAACUGGAUCGCUUGAUAGGCCUUCCUUCGGUCCAUCUGGGGGUGCCAUGUUUGUUCGAUGGGGCCGACGUGUCCGAACGGCGAGUCUGAACUUGUGUAUUCAGGCAUUGUUGGGGCAUCGAAUCACCUCGAGACGGGAGGCUCUGCCGAGUACGCCUGCCUGACCAGGGAGCCCCAGUACGCCAGUAAGGUUACUGGCGUUCUCAGCGCGGCAAAGAUAAUGGGCGUUGAGUUUGAAGUCUCGUCGGGGAACAUUUUCGACACGUCGAAAGCAGCCGGAGGCAACCUUCAUAAUGCCGACGUGGUGUGUGCGGUGUGUCGGAGCCAGGCAAGGGCAAGUCAGGUGAUGAUUCCUGGCCUUAAAGAAUGUUACCCAGGGUGGAGCUUAGAGUACUGGGGUUACUUGAUGACUGGACACUACGGACAUAAAGCUCAACACAGCUGGGCAUGCGUGGAUAACACUCCUGAAGGCGACGAGAAGGGAGCACGUAACGACGACGGGGGCCUCAUGUACCUGGUGCAUGGAGUAUGUGGAUCACUGCCAUGUCCAAAUUACGUCAAUGGCCGAGAACUCACGUGUGUUGUGUGUACGAAAUAAGGAAUCGCGUCUUUAGGAUGCACAAGCCGAUAUGCAGUAGCGGGGCACCUGGCUUGAUUUCCAAUUGUAAAAGAAAGGAAAACACUUCCUCUCGAAUACCGACAGGCCAUUUCAGCGAAUUCUGACGCAGUAUUUUACCCCUCAUGAAUUACACCAUAAUUCCGUUUAAAUAUGGGCGACACUGUCAAUGGCGGCCGAUUUUGUUUUCACGCUCGUAUUAAUCCCGGCAAAAAGCAGCCUCAAUGAACGAAUGGAAAAAUAAUUUCUAUGGGUAUAUGUCUAUAAAGACAAAGUCAAAACACCCGGCCCAAGAAACCAGGUUUCAUUCCUGUCGUUUGCGUGCCACAAGACUAUAACUGUUUCGCCCCAAACCCGAGGCUGGUGUACUGUGGCCAUGUACAUGUAUGCCGACGGUCAGCCAUAUCGGUCGACAUUACGUAAUACACGAACAAGUUAAGAACUGGCCGCUGUUCUAAAGAUCCGUCACGCUUGACAGAGCACCAAAGAACGACCUAUUCGUGGCACCGGAGACUUGUUGAUCAACAAUUCAGGACAAUGGCAGAAUCAAAACAAAAAUCAGCUGACUUUGAAACGUUUGUGCUGUGGUAACUGGUGCCCAUCACUUGUCUUGUAUAAUGUAUUAAUCCUCCACUCAUGUCAUGAUUGACAGCUUCCUCGUUCGUUCGUUCGUUCGUGAAUUCCUCCCGCUAGAAUCGAGAAACCCUUAUAAAAGGUCAUUGUAUUUACAGUCUCUGGCGAUAUAUAGUCUGUGGCAUAUUAAGUUGCAUAGCGAGUUGGCCCUGUCAGUGUUUGAUUUUAAUGAAAUUAUAGGAGUAUUUCGAAUUGAGCUUGUAUUAAUAUUUUUGGUGUUGCCAUUCAGUUUGUGUGUAGUGUAAUAGGUCAGUACAUCCAUCCUGUAUUCCCAGCCGUUCAAAAUCGCAUAGCACAACUCUGUCUUCGUCUGAGGAGGGGGUAGUCCGUCUCCUUGGUAUAGACUGCAUAGUGCCGAGAUCAGAUUCCCUCGAUCCUUCUCAAGAGAUGGGCAUGUGACUAGAAAGUGUGGGGCAUCUUCCUCUUCCGAGCGACAUAAUGGGCAUUGAGGAUCAACCUCUUGCUUGUUGAAGCGUACUCUGUCCUGUCGUAGGCCAAAUCUACCAACCAGGAGUCUCGCUCUUGCAGUUGCCUCUGUAACUAGAUACUGCUUUCCUUUACAAGCUUGCCGCAGAGGGUGGGGGCGACCUAUCCAUACCUGGUCGAGGAUCAUCCAUUGGAGGGUCUUUCUGGCUUGAGCUUCAGAAACUAAGGCGUUGGUCCACGAGUCCUUAAUCAACAUGAUGGUGUUAUCUUUCCAGUGGCAUUUCUUCCAGGGGUGUUGAAGUGCCUGGUGGAUGUUGAUGCCAUACUUUUCGGCUGUUUUACAUAUCUUGUCGAGUCUUGUGAUGGCUCCAAACAGGGAGAGUUGACGUGCGUGAGUUGUUGCCUCGAUUGGUAUUGUUCCAAGCAGCAGGUAGAUGGCCGACUUAGCUGUGCUUUCCGGUAGACUCUGGAUUAGUGCCUUUCGGUGAAAGAGAUCGAGUUGGGACACUUGAGCUGCCGACAAGAUGGUGGCUUCCAGACCAUCCAGAAGUCUUGGGAUGACGAAGGUGUCAUAGAUUUUCAUUGAUGCGGAAGGGUCUAGACCAUUAUAGCUGUGAAAACCCACACCCAUCAGGGCAUAUGCUGUCCGUCUUGCCAGGGUAAUCCUCGGUGAAAUAUCAGGGGACGUCUUUCCCUUUUGCCAGUUUAGCCCAAGAUGUACAAAAUCCCCCGCUAUAGUAGCUGGUUUGCCCCCCAGGUGCCAUUCCUGAGCUUUACUUGAGCUUGCUUGCGACUGGUGGUGUGGACAUACUACUGAUUUCACUGGAUGUAGUUCAUAAAGAUUGGUGUUUGAGUGGUCGUUGCUGACUGACAUCAAUGCUUGAAGUUCCAUGGGACUUGAUGUGAGAAGGAGUAGGUCAUCGGCGCAGCCAGGGGAUCCGAUGUAUGUAGGGCCUAUAUGCAGUCCCAGCCCUGCUUUAGUGAGGGAUGAUGCCAAAUCGUUGGCAUACAACUUGUAAAGUGUCGGAGACAUGACUGCACCUUGCUUCCUUGUCGGACUGCAUAUUCCCUGCUGUCUUCACCGCACCAUCUCACAACCUCUGUACUGGAGUCAUACAGAUCGUCAAUCAGACACCACAGAGAUUUCUUCAUUGGUGUACCAAACAUCUUGAGUUUGAGGCGAGAGUGGGACACAACAUCAAAGGCUUUGCGAGCAUCCAGUGAGCAGAUCAGCAGGUCCUGUUUCUUUUCCUUGGUUUCGGCGAUGGCUUCAGUCACAAGAAGAGAGGCCAUUGAUGGUGAUCUUCCGGCUGAAAAGCCAUACUGAAGUCCGCUCUGCCCAUCUGUGAGGUCUUUCUCAGUGCACAUGAGGCAAAUCAGCUCCAGUAGUUUACCAAAGAUUGACGUUAUUGUGAUCCCGCGGUAGUUAUCUAGCAAAAAGGAGUCCUUUCCUUUCUUUGGAAUUGGGAUCUUGUACGCCGUCUUCAUUAUCUUCGGGGCCUUUUUCGCCUUCAUGAUGGAGUUGAAAAUGGCAGUGAGCUUUUCCAUGGCAAGUUGGGAGCAGGAGAGUAAUUUUAAAUGUUCUGCUCGGAAUCCUUCUCUAUCGGCCGCUUUCUUCUUACUCAUCCCGUCAAUCGCUUUCUUUAUCAUUGUGAUGUCAAUUUCAGUACCGUCAUCCUUAAUCUUUAUCACUAUACGAUCACACCCUCUUUAAUAUUGACCAAUCAUGUUAAUUGUAACCUUUUGUCUUGUUUUAUGAAUUAUAGUUAG